CCAAAGACACCUGCAGAGACACCUGGCUGGUCAGUGUUAGCGGACAGCGCGAGGUGCGCAUCUACGAGUGCAACACACAGUCACAGAUCACACGCCUAGACACCCUGGCACUGGGCCAGAAUGUAGUGCACACUAUGCCAAGUCCCUUCUCACGCGAGUGCUUGGUGUGCUUAGAGGACGGCACCGUGUGCACGUGGCAGGGUGUGUCGCGACAAGUGUCCGUUUCACAGGUACAGGACAUCAACGACACUCACCCCGAAUCAGGUCCUCAUGUAUACGGGAGAGGGGUUGCACGCGUGUAUACGGAUACAAACGUGCGCAAUAUGUAUGACAUGCGGGUCGCAUGUGACUAUGUGGACACGAAGGGUGAAUCCAUUUACAGUUCGUGGGUAUGGGCGGACUACUUGUCACAUCCUAUGGUCUUGGCCUACGGAAUUGACUCCUGGAUAGGGCUUAUAGAUCGCAGGGUAUGA